AUGGAACGACCCUUAGCCGCGUCGGGCGCGUUGACGGCGCGCGGGUUGAUAUGCCAGACGAAAGGCCUCAAGGACGGCAACAGCGUCGUCGUGUGCACGUGCGGGAACGUCGCGCAGAUGAUAACGUCCGUGGUGCUCGGCGUUUUGGUGCUCGGCGAGCGGCUGCCGCUGUCCACGUGGGCGCGCUUCCGGGGGUGGGCGCUCUCGUGGACGCUCGUGUUGGUUGGCGUCGUCGUCAUCAGGCGCGUUCGUAUUCACACUGGUUCCCAUACGACCGCGUCGGCGUGGUGA